UUCUCCAGCACUCCUUGUGCUACUUGAUUACAUGUGUGUGGGCGAAGGAAGACACACACACACAGAGAGAGAGCGUACAAGAUUUAUAGGAAGCACUGGCAAUAGUCACAAAGUUUGAGAGCUGUUGACGCUGUCACCUCGUGGAUUCAUCUGACUUGGGGGAGGGGGGAAACUGUCUACAAUGCCGUCUUUUGAAGAGUUUUUAGAAGAGGCUGGGGAAUUUGGAAGGUUUCAAAAGAGGGUCUUCCUUCUCCUUUGCCAGACUGGUAUAACCUUUUCUUUUUUAUUUGUCGGAGUUGUGUUCCUUGGACAGGAUCCAGAGCAAUACUGGUGCAGGGUCCCUUAUGCAUCUAAAUUAAGGAAGCAAUGUGGAUGGACAUUUGAAGAGGAGUACAACAUUACAAUUCUAGCUUCAAGUCUGGUGAAUGAUUCUUCCCACUGCAAGAGGUAUGACAUGAUGUUGUAUAAUACCUCUUCUACCUGUACCAACCCAUUGUCUCAUCUUUUCAAUAACAGCUUGGCCAAUGUGUCAUUUACUACUUGCCGCCAGGAUGGCUGGCUCUACAAACAACCUCAUUCAACUAUUGCCAGUGAGUACAAUCUCGUGUGUGAGGACAGAUGGAUCAUAGAUAUGACACAGUCUCUUCUCAAUCUGGGCUUUUUGCUAGGAGGGUUUUAUCUAGGCUAUGCUGCAGACAAAUAUGGAAGAAUCAGCAUUUAUCUCAUCUCCUCUUUUGGGGCAGGACUAUGUGGCCUCAUAGUGGCUUUUGCACCGAACAUUGUAGUAUUCUCAAUAUUUCGCUUUCUCCAAGGUGUAUUUGGAAAAGGAACCUGGAUGACAAGCUUUGUUAUUGUGACAGAGAUAGUUGGCUCAGAUCAGCGAAGAAUUGUUGCGAUUGUAAUUCAGAUCUUCUUCACUCUUGGAGUAGUGAUUCUUCCUGGAAUUGCUUAUUUCAUUCCCACGUGGCAGGGGAUUCAGCUAGCUACAACACUCCCCAACUUUCUAUUCCUUUUGUAUUACUGGGUGGUACCUGAAUCUCCACGGUGGUUACUGACUCGCAGAAAAGGAGAAAAGGCCCUAAAGAUUAUGCAGUCCAUUGCCAAAGAAAAUGGGAAAUGUCUUCCAUCACAUUAUACUGAGAUCAGUCUCUCUGACAAAGAGGUGAGUGAGCCAUCUCUUCUCGAACUGGUUAGAACUCCACAGAUGAGAAAAUUCACCCUUAUUCUCAUGUAUGCCUGGUUCACAAGUGCAGUGGUUUACCAAGGGCUUGUCUUGCGCCUGGGAAUCAUAAAAGGAAAUCUGUAUUUGGAGUUCUUCGUCUCAGCCGUGAUGGAAUUGCCUUCAGCUUUUUUAAUCUUACUGACAAUUGACCGCAUUGGCCGGCGCCCUCUCUUUGCAGCAGGUGCCCUAGUGGCGGGUGUGGCAUGCUUAAUUACUGCAUUCUUGCCGAAAGAUAUACCAUGGCUAAGUACAUCAGUCGCCAUCUUGGCAAGAUUAGGGAUCACGAUAACUUUUGAACUUGUGUAUCUUGUGAACUCAGAAUUGUAUCCUACAACAUUCAGAAAUUUUGGUGUUUCACUGUGCUCGGGACUGUGUGAUAUAGGGGGCAUUUUAGCCCCCUUUCUGCUCUAUCGGUUAGCAGCCUUCUGGACGGAGUUGCCUCUAAUUGUCUAUUGUAUACUUUCUGUUCUGUGUGGGCUUCUGGUCAUGCUUUUACCUGAGACAAAGGGACUGCCCUUACCAGAGACAGUAGAAGAUGUGGAACAACUAGCAAAUACCUGCGCUGCUGUGUACCCUUUCAGUAGAAGUUGUGGGAAACAGAAACAUCAGAAUUCCAGCACAUAUGUUUGAUCUUUCACCAAAUGUUGCAAGGGCAUCACCAAUCCUCUGGCUCUCUGUUUGAUGUCCAUUGGAAACCAUAACCAUGCCAGAUGGAGAAGAUGGAUCCUGUUGUUUUGUAAUAAAUAGCCCUAAAAGACACUUCAAGUAAACAUAAUAUUUUUCUAUGACUUUGAGACUGUGAAUGUAUUUCUGAGCCUAUUGUUUCCAGGGAGGGAACUGUUAUGUGUGGCUGUUAUAGAAGAGUAAUCAUUUCCAUUAUAAGUUGUUUUACUUGGAUCAUAAUUCUUUGCAUAUGCCUGGGCCAUCUAGUCAUCCUUUGUUUUCUCUGAUUUGUGAGAGUAAUCAUUUCAGACUUUGAUUGAAGAAACAGAAAAGAAACUGAAGUGAUCCACAUUGUGAUAAAUAACAAGAAAAAAAUAGCCAAUGGAACAGAAUCAGAAUGGGGAAAGAACGUUUCUUAUUUCAAAUAUACUAAACAAAAGUAUAUUGAUUACAGUUAUACAAGUAUGUCAAUCUUUCUCCUAGGUAGUCAGGGUAGCAGACAUGUGGUUAUCCCAUUUUAUCUUCACAACAACCCUGUGAUGCAAGUUAGACUUGAGAGAUAAGGUGUGUCUGAACAUGAGAGUGGCUCAGAGCAGCAGAGAACAUGAUUUCACACCCAGCAGCUACCAGAACUGACCGUGGCCCAGCAUCUGCCUGAGGAAAAGUAUCUGGCAAAACCUUGCUCUGUUCUGAUGAAGGAUCCCAUCUGUUUAUCUUAAAAAUGGAAUAGAAGUGGAGUGGGAUGGAAAUGGGAGAUUUAAGCUGCAAUCCUAAACACACUUACUAGAGACAAAGCCUUUCGAUCAUGGUGGCAUACGAUUGCGCUCUCAGGUGACAACCAUAAGCAUGCUUACAAGGAAGCAAUUCCCAUUGAACUUGCUAGGACUUACCUCCAAAUGAAUUUGUUGUAGAUCGGGCUGUUAGUUUCCACAAGGCAAGUGGGUGGGGAUAAACUAUUAGCCGCCAAGGUGCUUCUCUUAUUGCUGGGCAUGAAAUACAUGUAUUCUCUUUUAGCCAUGCCCGUAAUGUGAUUUGCCUACUAAGAAUGAAAAAAAUGUGACAGCAAUAAUAUGUAUAAAUAGUUUUAAACUCUCUCUUAAUAGUGAGCUUUUAUAGGGCCAUUUUACUUUGUGUAUGUGCGAAAGAGGAUUGAGGCUGUAUAGCAUCUUUGUGAUUAUCUUUGCUUUUUUUUAAAAAAUGUACAGGUUGUUCAGAUAUUCCAGAUGUGCUUUUCUCAAAACAACUCUGGUUGUUACCCAGCAAAAGAAAACCACUAAUUAUGGCUGCACUCAUUCAGAACAAGGCAAACAUUUCCAUGUCAUAUGACCUCUCUGCAGGUUCAGUGCUUUCAAGCAUAUUCCCAGCAGCUGGGUCUUAAACCCCUUAUUUUUGGGAGGGAGCAGGGUCCCAGCAGGGUCCCUAUGUUUCUAGCAUCCUGUGAGGGGUAACUAUCAUGAAGAGGGGUAUGUUAGCCGCUUAGAAGUGUCUUCUCGCAUGCUUCCUUGUCCUUUCCUGCUGACGGGAGCCCAUCAGAGUGAAAGGAAGUGAGUCAGCCACUGAGAAGACUCUUCUCAGUAGCUAACACUUUCCCCUUUCACAAUUAUUGGCUCCUAGGGAUGUCUGUUGUUGUGGGCGAAGAAUUAACAAGGAUCUAAUUCUUCACCCAGGAGCAAAAAAAAAUUAUGGGAGAGGGUGUGGCUGUAACUAUAAUGAAGGGACCCUGCUUUUCUGAAUUUGCCACUACACUACUGCUGGAGACUUAUGGUUUUACCAUACUCUGGAUAAUGGUUAACUUUGUAUUAGUUAGUGUCGAUUACCCCAGUCAACUUCUAGAUCCAUCUACAAGGCAGCUUUGCUGCUCCCCUGGCAAAAUUCCACUGCCAUCCUCCUGGAAAGGAGAUUGGAGUACAAACCAGGCUUCUGCACAUAUGGGAUGCAGAUGCAUAUCUACAUAUACAUCCACAUUGCAACACUCGUGGGCCCCACUGAACUGACAAGGUGCAUCUUUUCUUGUGGGUGAGAAUACACCUUCCCAUGCACAGCAAUCACUUACUGUUCUAGGGGCUGAGUGUAACUAUGUCUAUAGAUAUAGAUAACUUCAUUUGCCUUACUGAAAAACACAAAUAUAAUGCUCUGUUUUUUAGUCUUUGGCAAGAAUGCUAAAGCAAUGUGUUAGUGAG